AUGGGAAUUUUAAAAUUCGAUGAUCUUCAUAAGUUGGAAAAAUUUUCUGACAAAUGCCAUAAUUUCCUCUGGCAACGAUCUAUCCAAUUGACCCAGAGCUCAAAUUUCAGAUUAGCAUCAAAUGGAGUUUGUGAUGAUGAUUUGAACAGAAUCAACGAAUGCAAACAUAUUCGCGAUGACUCGCCUUCUAAAAUUCCCUGCCUUUUUUAUCAUAAAUCAGAGGUUCAGGACCAGGCUUGCUACGAAUAUCUAUUAUUCGUUGGGGAAAUCAUACUUUCUGACUACCGUCUCGUAUACAAGUUCAUAGAAAAAUGUCAAAAGGAUGUAGGUGCCUACUCAUGUGGACGAGUCGAUAGUGGAUUGAGUUCUGAUGACAAGUUCAACUUUACUUCUCAAGGCAGUACAAUUACCUGUCUUAUGACACAUAUUGAAAAACUCACUUCUGAAUGUGCCCAUCAAAUCUAUCGAAUAUCUGAACUCCAAUCUGAUGAUUAUCAUCUUGAUCGGCCUCUGUUCUAUGCCUGUCAAGACGAUAGAGAGAGAUUUUGUCCGGAUGUUAUAUCAGGCGAUGGUCGUGUUUUCGAAUGUUUAAUGAAGCACAAAUUCGAAAGUGGAAUGUCGGAGGAGUGUCAGGAGAAAUUAACCAAUCGGCAAAAAGUUCGAUCUCAACAUUAUCGGGCAGAUUAUGCGUUGAGUUCCGAAUGCAAACAGGAUAUAAGCGACAAUCAUUGUUCUUCUGAUUAUGAUCAUCCAACUUCAUUAUCAUCAAUAUUACUUUGUCUCGGGAAGGCUAAAAAGCUGUCCCCAUCUUGUCAAUUUGAGAUUAAGUCCAUCCGAAAGCAGCUUUUAGAAGAUUAUAGGCUCACUCCAGAAAUUCAAAUUCACUGUGAUGAACCUAUAAAUAAGCAUUGCUCCGAUUUAAUGAAGCAACGUGGUGGGUCAGUUUUCCACUGUCUUCUAGGUGUUCAACGUCGAUUUUCUAGUGGUGUCGAUCCUCUAAUUAGUGCCGAAUGUGGAAAUGCUCUUCAUGAUUUGGUCAAAAUUUCUGAUGUGGUAUCGGAUCCCCGUGUUGAUCCCGUCAUUAGGCGUUCCUGCGGUUCCCUUCUUUCUACUCGAUGUAGCGCAGAAGUUAUAGUGGAAGACGAUGUCUAUCAGUGCCUUUUGGAUAAUCGAGAUGAUCCUGCUAUGGCAGAUGAAUGUCGGCAUCAUCUCUUUGAACUGGAGUUCUUUGUGACAAGGGAUAUUACUCUUGAUCAAUCGAUAUAUCGGCAACCAAUGUGUCGUGAAGCGGUAGUUCAAUAUUUGCGAAAUGUUGAGGAGUUUCCUGAUCUAGACAAUCGAAUCGCACGGAGUUGUAGAGCGGCUCAGAGGCGUUUCUGCAGCAAUUUGAAAGGAGGUCUUCAACGCUACCAUGACCCUGGCAGUGUUCCCAAUCCUGAAGGUGCUUACCAUAAUCUCAAAUUCGAGUGCCUUGUUGAAUACAAAACUCACCCCGAAAUGGAGGCCGAAUGCAGAGCUGCCAUUGAACACUUCCAAAUUUUAAGUCUUAAGGACGUCCGAAUCUCCAAAACUUUCUUUGACGAUUGUCGAUCCACUUUGGAACGCCACUGUCCCACUGUGACGCAUGUUGCCGGCAGUCCAUCAGUGAGCAAAGUGGCUGCAGUGAUGUGUUUGAGUCGACUCCUACUUGAAGAAAGACUUAACACAAUCGCGGGAAAGUCUCCUCCGGAUGGAAUUCCCAUUAAUUGUGCCCGGCACCUUCAAUUCGAACUUCUGGCUAGAUCGGAGUCUCUUGCAUUGGAUCCUAUGCUUGCUCAUGCCUGUGAAUUUGAUCGUAAAAUUUACUGUGCAGAUGUUCCAGAAGGCUUUGGUAAGGCUCUUGAAUGUCUUCGUAAACAUCACCGUCGUCUAGAGUACUUAUGCCGAGAGGCUAUUUUUAGCCUGGAUCAACUAAUAAUGGUAAACAGUCAAUCAGAUUUCAAGCUGAUGGAUGCUUGUGCUGAAAUGAUCCAGAGUCAUUGUCAAGGUGCCUCCCUAACAUCCAGUCACACUCUCCUCAACUGUCUCAGCAUGGCUAUUAAGAGAGCAGGUGACAACUUUGACCCCAAUUGUCAAGAGGUUGUUCGAAAUCGAUUGGCUAUCCAACAAUUGGAUAGUCGUCUUAAUCCCCGCCUCGCUGAGAAUUGUCGAGCUGAUAUAAUGAACAAAUGUAAAUUAGAACUCCGUGAAGACAGGAAUACGCCUUUUGAGACUAGCAACAGAGUAAUUCAAUGCUUGAAGACCCAUUAUACUGCCUCCAAAACCAGCAAUUACAAUGAACUCCGUUUAACUGAUUCCUGCUCAACAUAUCUACGUGGGCUUUUGGCAUCAAUCAAUCUUGAUAUCAAGAUGGAUCCCUUGUUGGUUGAAGUCUGCCACUAUGACUUGGUGGCACAUUGCUCAGAAGAAUUAGCAUUUUCUGGCAAUUUCAUGAGUGCUGACGGAGCUGCAUUGGAGUGCCUUCGCAAACAGAUUUCCCUCAACAAAAUGAAAAAUGAUUCCUGUAUCUUAGAGGUCCUACGACUUACAAUUGCAAGUGAAACUGAUAUUGACGCGGACCCUGUUCUGGCUCGAAACUGUAUCGGAGCUUUGGAAGCCGUCUGUACGGUGACCGGUAGGAGGGGUGGUCGUAUAUUGGACUGCUUACUAGACACUUUGGACUCAAACAACUACCCUCUAGACCCCCUUUGCAAAGAAAGUCUUGAACUUCGAAGACAACUCCAGCAAAUGGCGUCCAAGAGACUAGACUGGUAUUUCCUCGUCAGAGAAGUCCGACAAAUCUACUCCCUGGAGUUGGUCGUUGCAAUAGUCCUUUUCUUCAUAGCAAGCAUCUUAAUUAUCUGUCUCUGUUGUGCUCGAUGCACCAAACGCACUGUUCACGCGAAGGAUCGAUAA